UGCAGAUAGAGAGCAGCAUCGGUCCAACCCGCCCAGCGUCUUUAAAAUGUACGAAGACUCCUGGUACAGCUUUGUGCCGGAGUUAUCACAGCACCAGCCGGCUUUCGUAGUUCAGACUGCAGGCCACCGACGGAAGCAAUCGCUGUCGCAGCAGCCGAAUAACACGGCCGAUGAUGCCGGCGCUGUGGAACCCCUACCAACGCUCUUCGAAGAUCAGAAAGACGCCGCCUCGCCACCAGAGCCGACGCUCUCGCGGCGCGCCAAGUCAUACUCGGAUUUUUACGACAUCGUGAGGGCGCAGCUGGCCGUUCAUGCACCCAAGAAGAAGAGGAAGAGGAGGCGGAGCGACCGCAGCUGGGAGGCUUUGGCGGUCCCGGAUUCUGCGGCAGCGAGCCUGCCAGAGGAAGAGGAGGACUACAAUGGCACUUUGGGAAAGGAACUCAUACGAGCGAGCCAGCAGGAAUACUGGUUCGUGGGACAACCCGGUGCCCGCUGUCGGCCGCGUGGCCCUUUGCUGACGUCUCUCUCAAGGCUCUACCACGACGAGCUGGCCAUGACCGAGCGGCAUCUUGGCACCCUUGUGGCGGACGCCGACAAGGCUCUGAAAGUCCUCGAGUCGCUCUGCCACUCCUUCCGCGCGGUCGACGAUCAGACAAGCUCGUUCCAGGCGCAAUGCGACGGUCUCUUGGCGGAAAAGAAGCGCCUGGAAGCGCUGGCCGAGGCUGUCGGGACAGAUCUCCAAUACUACACCUACCUGGAUUCUGCCACCCGCCGCCUCAACGCACCCGGAGCCGGGCGGCUUGUCGAAGGUGGCAGCUUCGCCGAGAUCUUGUCCACUCUCGACUCUUGCAUAGAGUUCAUGACCAGAAACGUCAGUCAAUCACACCCUUCUGGGAUUACACAUGAGCGGGCUGACAUGGCACAGUCUUCAUACCGGGACGCCGAGUCGUACCUUGCUCGGUACCAAGCGCUGCUCACCAAGGCGCUUCAUCUCCUCGAGGUGGGCUUCGUCAACCACCUGAAUAAGGUAUCUACCGAAAUAUCCCGACAAGUUGGAGCGACCCAGUCGGAGUCGGCACGCCACGCUCUUGCCUACGGUCGCUUCGAGGAGAUGGUGCUCGAGUCGUAUUCGUUGAUCCCGAACGUCCAGGCCGUGGUGCGGAAGGCCUACGACCAGGACGGCCAGCCAUCCUCGACGCCCAACGCCGACAUCUACGCCAACACCGCGAACAACCUGUUCCAUUCCUACUGGGCUGCUAGGGAGCGCGAUUUCAAGCCGAUCAUUCAGCAUGACCUGGACGUCUUUAGGGCCGAAGCCAACGACUCGAUAGAGACGGCGUCGAGGAACUUUGUGAAGCAGUCCUUCGAGCGCUCCGACAGCGAAGCCACUCUCUUCCGAAACAUCUUCUCGAUCGACCCGCACUACUCCACAGACGCCCAGUCUGCGUUUGCAGUUCUCAAAUCGCAGCGUACCGUGCUCACCGGGGCGAACGUGGCCCCUAUCGCCGCGAGUCUGCAAGCGGUCCUUCAAGGCAGCGACUUGCAAACAAUCUGCAACCUCGUCGGAUGGAUUACCAGUGAGUACCUGCUCCCCGAGUACGACGAGGACGAAACACCGUUUGUGGGCCGCUGCCGAGAGCUCGCGGCCAGACUGCUCGCCGAGCACCUAUGGGCCUUCACCGACGCCGCCUUCGAGGCCGAGAUUGCCAAGUCGAUCACCCGGGCCGUCGUCCCACCGGAAGCUCUCAAGAUUGGGCCCGUCACGAACGGCGACAUGGCGUCCAACGCCUUCCCUCCCGUUAAGCGAGCUCUCGAGCUGCUCGUCCUGUUUGACCAAUCCAUGCCCAAGGAGCGAUGUCAGCGCAACAGUCCCGUGGUCUUCAGGAUUAUCAAGGAGUCCAUUGCCUCCCUCCAGCGCGCAGAAGGUCGCCUCAAAUCCGCCGCCGCCGCCGCCGCCGCCGCCGCCAAACCUAGCCCUGGCAGCACCGAUCCGGAUCUCUUCAUGAUCAAGAACCUACUCAUUUUCAAGAACGAGCUCAUGACGCUCGAGAUUGGCGACGUUCGCGGCAACCAAGCCACAUCCUCCUCGGCAUUUCUUGGCGCAGGAAGCGGCAACAUGCAGCACUUUACGCAGAUCUGGGAUACGCUCCGCCCGCACAACCUUCUCGGCGGGCUGCUCAGCAGUUUCGGGAGUUUGAGCACUUACAUCCCCGGGUCGUCGCUGUGGUCGUCUUCACCGGCGUCGGCUGCCGGUGCUGCUGGCGGGGGCCGCGUUGGGGCUCCUGCUGUCGGUGGUACCCCCAGGGUGGGUACUACCGCGCCGGUUGCCGUGGAUGAUGCGCAUGAGCAGUUGGACGGGUUGUUGAGGCAGAGUAUCGUGGCUUUUACGAGGCGGUGGGCGGGGGUACUCAACGACGCGAGGGGUGUUGGCGGCGGGAGCAGCAGCAGCAAGCUCGGGGGGAAGAAUGUGGGCAAAGUGGAGAGGGAGCUGGAGGAGACGUUGGAGAGGGCGUUUAGCGGCCAGCCGGAAGUCAUCGCCAAGCUGAAGGAGGCCGUUCAGAUUGAGGCGGAGGGGCAAGCACGGGUAUUGGGAGAGAAGAAGAGUUACGUGACUAGGGUGUGAGAGAGCGCCCAUGCUUAAAUUUAUACAACGCUGCCGAGGAUGGUUAAAUGGCUGUAAAGUCAUCUUGUUCCCUGCCAACACCGCCUGGGGCUGGGGCAAAAAAGCACGGGGUCCUGAGUGCUAGUACAGUCAUCACAGCAGCCACAGCGAUAUCGCGUGCUCAGGGCUAGUGUUUAUAUCAACCACUAAGAGAGGGUGGAUCAAACGGCUAUCUCGACUCGCCUGUUUUCCAACCCUAGGGCCCUGCUCCCAGCUUGGAACGGAAGAGAUGUUCCAGUACGGAUCCACGAGUUUUAUCUGCGGU